UAACACUGCCUCCCCGUCAAACAAUUUUCUCCAUCUUCAUUUCCUCUUUCCUACAUCCCCUCCGUCAAAUCUAGCAGUUAUCUAUUUUAACGGCUCCGUCACCAAUGAACACGUCAAAGAUGCGCCGGAAAGUCGUCCCGGCGGUAGAAACCGCCGAUUCCGGCGACAAACUUGACCAACUUCUCCUUUCCGCCGCUAUCUGUAACGGCGAAGACGUUGCCCCUUUUGUCCGCAAGGCAUUCGCUUCUGGUAAACCUGAAACAGUCCUUCAUCACCUCCGUCACUUCACGAAAUCCAAAGAAUCUGAAAUCGAAGAUGUUUGUAGAGCACAUUAUGAAGACUUCAUCACAGCCGUUGAUGAUCUCCGAUCUCUUCUCUCCGACGUUGAUUCACUCAAAUCAUCUCUCUCAAACUCAAACUCUCAACUUCAAUCUGUCGCUAUACCUUUGUUAUCCACUCUCGAUUCAUUCGUUGAAGCUAGAAAUAAGUGUAAAAACAUCACUCUUGCUAUACAAUCUCUUCGUACUUGUGUUAACAUAAUGGAGCUUUGUUCUAGAUCAAAUCGUCAUCUUAAAGAGAACAAUUUCUACAUGGCGUUGAAGUGUGUUGACUCAAUUGAACAAGAUUUUACUAACAAAAUACCGUCUUCAACUCUUAAACGAAUGCUUGAGAAACAGAUCCCUGAGAUUCGUUCACAUAUUGAAAGGAAAAUCAACAAAGAGUUUGGUGAUUGGCUUGUUGAGAUCCGUGUUGUUAGUCGUAAUUUAGGUCAACUAGCUAUUGGACAAGCAUCAGCUUCAAGACAAAGAGAAGAAGAACUUAGAAUUAAACAAAGACAAGCUGAAGAACAAAGUAGAUUAAGUUUAAGGGAUUGUGUUUAUGCACUUGAAGAAGAAGAUGAUGAUGGAUUUAAUGGGAUUAAUGAUGAUGGUAAUGGGAUGUUAGGGUUUGAUUUAACGCCGUUAUAUAGGGCUUAUCAUAUAAAUCAAACACUAGGACUUGAGGAAAGAUUCAAGCAGUAUUAUUUCGAGAAUAGGAAGCUUCAAUUGACUUCGGAUUUUCAGGUAUCAUCGAUGACGCCUUUUUUAGAAUCUCAUCAGACGUUUUUCGCGCAAAUUGCUGGUUUUUUCAUCGUGGAAGAUCGAGUUUUGAGGACUGGUGGUGGGUUGGUUUCGAAAAUGGAAGUUGAGAAUUUAUGGGAUACUGCUAUGAGUAAAAUGUGUUCUGUUUUGGAAGAUCAGUUUUCGAGAAUGCAAACUGCGAAUCAUUUGUUGUUAAUUAAGGAUUAUGUGAGUUUGCUUGGUGUUACGUUGCGUAGAUAUGGAUACCCUGUGGAGGCUUUGCUUGAUGUGUUGAGUAAGCAUAGGGAUAAGUAUCAUGAGCUCCUUUUAUCUGAUUGUCGAAAACAGAUAACUGAGGCUCUCGCUGCGGAUAAAUUUGAGCAAAUGUAUAUGAAAAAGGAAUAUGAGUAUAACAUGAAUGUGUUGUCGUUUCAGUUACAGACGUCGAAUAUUAUGCCUGCAUUUCCUUAUGUUGCGCCGUUUUCGUGUACAGUGCCUGAUUGCUGUAGGAUUGUACGGUCGUUUAUUGAGGAUUCGGUUAGUUUCAUGUCACAUGGUGGUCAGCUUGAUUUCUAUGAUGUGGUGAAGAAGUACCUGGAUCGGCUUUUGAAUGAAGUCCUGGAUGGAGCUUUGUUGAAGCUCAUUAAUACGUCUAUCGGUGGUGUUAACCAAGCAAUGCAGAUGGCGGCUAAUAUGGCUGUGUUUGAACGUGCUUGUGAUUUCUUCUUUCGUCAUGCUGCACAGCUUUCGGGGAUACCAUUGAGAAUGGCAGAGAGGGGGAGGAGACUGUUUCCUUUGAUUAAAGCGCGUGAUGCUGCUGAAGAGAUGCUUUCAAGUCUGCUUAAGCAAAAGGUUGAUGGGUUCCUUUUGUUGAUUGAGAAUGUGAAUUGGAUAAUCGAUGAUCCUCCACAAGGUGGAAAUGAAUAUGUGCAUGAGGUGAUUAUUUUUCUUGAAACGCUAGUUUCUACAGCACAGCAGAUAUUGCCUGUUCAAGUUCUCAAGAGAGUUUUGCAAGAUGUUCUCUUUCAUAUAUCAGAGAUGAUUGUUGGGGCUUUACUAGCGGAAAACGUUAAAAGGUUUAACGUGAAUGCUGUUAUGGGUCUUGAUGUCGAUAUCCGAAUGUUGGAAUCAUUUGCUGAAAACCAAGCUCCUCUCUUAUCUGAGGCAGAUGCUAGUCAGUUGAAAGCGUCAUUGGCCGAGUCCAGGCAGUUGGUUAAUCUACUCUUGAGCAAUCAUCCAGAAAAUUUCCUGAAUCCAGUUAUUAGAGAGCGAAGUUAUAAUGCUUUGGACUACCGCAAAGUUGGGACUAUCUCAGAAAAGAUGAAGGAUCAAUCUGACAGGCUUUUUGGGUCCUUUGGCACAAGGGGAUCUAAGCAGAACACUAAGAAGAAAUCUCUUGAUGCAUUGAUAAAAAGAUUGAAGGAUGUUAACUGAGUCAGCAAAUCUCUGUAUGUUAUGUUCCUUGGGAGAUCUCCAUAUUGUAGUUGUGUUGAUUACUUGUUGGUAUCAUAUCUAGCUUCCUUUACUGCAAAUUGCUUUCCAUUUUCACUUUUGUUACUUCCAUAGUUCCACAUGAUUGCUGUAUUAUUCUUCAGAGCAUAUUCUUUUCCUUUUUUGUGGUCAUAUUCUUUUGCAACUCAGAUAUAGUCUGUUUUUCUCAUGUAGUAGUAAUUUCUUGCAUUGUUUA